AUGAGUUUCGGGUCCCACGAACUCUUCACCAACAUUUGGUAUUACGUGAACGAAGCUACCAGGACGCAAAAGCUCAGUGCUAAAUGCUACGAACCCAAAGCAUAUCAUCCUAAGAAGGUUCAGAGCGUACAAUCUGAAUGUAUUCGAAAUGUGGAUCUGGAGCUCUUUGACUUUGACUGCAACUUGACACACCAAGAUCUCCAAUACAACAUCGAGUCGUUAAUGCAGCAGGCUGCAUCUGUUGGCGUUAAAGAUAUGUUAGUACCUGGCGCCUCGAUCGAGGAGUCCCAACGAGCUAUCGAACUCUGUAGUCAACACCCGACGAAACUUUUCCCAACGGCUGGAGUGCACCCGUACAACGCCAAAGCAAUGCCAAAGGCCGAGGAGCUAACGACGCUUCAAGAUCUCUUGAAACUCGAACAAGUUCGUGCAGUCGGAGAGUGUGGGCUUGACUAUUCGCCGAGCUUUCCAGAACGGGAGUACCAGCGCAACUGGUUCGCUGAGCAAUUAGCGAUGGCGUGUGCGCUAAAAAAGCCACUGUUCUUGCACGAACGGCAAGCACAUCACGAUUUUAUCGAGUUGAUUGAUGCAGCCAGUGGAAAUUGUGACGGAUACUUUCCGCCAGCAGUUGUGCACUGUUUUACGGGAAGCGAGGAAGAACUGAAGGCGUACGUUGCACGUGGCGACGAGUGGUACAUUGGCAUCACUGGAUUCAUCUGCAAGCCGCAGGGGGCUGCGCUGAAGAAAAUGCUGAAGCAUGUGCCAUUGGAUCGCCUCGUUCUGGAGACAGAUGCGCCGUACAUGGGAUUUCCCAAAUGUCGCCGUGCUGAGUCAAGUGAAAGUAAGAAACAGUAUCCAAACGUGCCUAGUGCUAUGCCCCUGGUAGCUGAAGCUGUUGCCUUUGCUCUCGAUUGCUCACCAGAGGAAAUUGCACGGAUCACAAGAGCAAACGCACGCCGCUUUCUCCGAUUGUGA